UUGCUGGCUUUGAAGAUGGAGGAAGGGACCCCACCUGCCAAGGAAUGUGGGUCACCCUCUAGGAAGUGGAUCUUACCCAGAGCCUCCGGAAAGAAAUGCAGCCUGAAUUUAGCCUGGUGUGACCCAUGUCAGGCUUCUGGCCUACUGAACGACAAGCGAGAUCUAAAUCUGAUCCUUCACUGGGAAAGGAUGUGGACUCUUAAAUCCUACAACUGUGAGCACUGCGGGAGUGACUUUAUCAGCGGCAGGGCUCUGAAGUAUCACUUUCAACAGAAGCAUCUUGGAAAAGUUCACCGUGAAAAAUGUGACCAAGAAGUCCUGAAGGGGAAGCAGCAAGGUCACAGUGAGUCUACACGUGACAGGUCAACCAUGGAGACACACAAGCUACACUGGGAAAAUCUAGAAGAAAGGAAUGGAAAAUACAUGGAUACAAAAAUAUCAAAAACAUGUAGGAUGUGUUCUAGACGCUUUGGGACAGUCCUUAGUCGGGAGAACCAUGAAAUACAAGACCAUCACUUUACAGCCCGCAAAAGAGCCCAAAUGUCCACAGGAUUUUCACCUCAUAAUAUGUUGGAGUGUAAAGGUCCCCAAGAGCUACAGAGAUUUGCAGACCGAAAAAUCUGCCCUGCCUCUGGUUCUCAAAGAGCUGCUUGUGCAGCUGAGAUCGGUGUCCUGCUCCAGCUGAUCCAGACUUCCUUUCCGGUGCCGGCCUCCAGAGUGAUCCAGGGUGGUUCUUAUGUGAAAGGGACCGACACCCAAGGAUGCUCGGAGAUUGACAUCGUGCUGCUCAGUGAGGUGUUUGCCGAUGUGAACCAUUUCAAGAAACAACUGAGAGAAGGGUUGGAGACUCUGCGAGAAAGCUUGACGCGAACUGCAUAUGGGAACAGGAUACUAAUGGGAAAGAGAACACCACUGUCUUUAAGAUUCAGUUUUUUAUGUACUGAAAGUCUUCACAGCCAUUCCUUUGAGAUCAUGGCCUACUAUGAUGUCCUGGGACCUACACCUUCUACAGAUUUAAAACUUCACCUUUACCGCAAGCUAUACCCCUGUAAGGACAGUGACGAAGCCCAGCUGUGUGCCUUGGCCCUCGUACGAUACCAAGUGGAUUUCGUCAAGGCCUCUGUCGUAAGGGUGAAGGAGCUCAUUCGUUUAAUGAUACAUUGGCUGAAGACAUCAUUUGCCAGCCCCACCGAAGAGAACAAAUUCCGGAGACUUCCCUCCUCUUACACAGUGGAGCUCCUCGCCAUAUAUAUCUGGGAACGGGCGGAGAAGCCCCUGUCCUUCAGCCUGGUGCAGGGAAUGAGGGCAGUCCUCAAACUUCUGGUUCAGUAUGCAGAUAUCGAUGUGGUUUGGCACAGACACUAUCAUCGCAAGUUCCCCAUUUUUGUAAAAGUGAACCAGAAGCGCACAAGGCCAUUCAUUUUAGACCCUGUAAAUCCUACUGUCAACGUGUGUGAUACCUGCAAUGCCUGGGAUGAAGUUGCCCAUGUGGCGAAACUCAGCUUACAGAAGCCUCUCUUCAGCGGAGUGAGAGCUGAGCCCCCCUGGCUUUUCACAGAUGCCUGGUAAACUGGACAUCAUCUAGCUAAUUACUACAUGGAAAUAUGGAAAUAUCUGAGAGAUACACGAGGGAUUGCCUCAGAAUAAAUUGUUUCCAAAAGCAUUUUAUGGCUACCUGCGUCAUAACUCCCGGGUCAGAGUGGAGCCAUACUUAAGGUUCCCACGAUGCCCAGCCAUGAGUUGGGUAAGCAAACUCUCUGGGCUAUUGCACUGUCCAGUUUUGCCACAACUGUUUUUCAUUGUUGGGAUCCACUGUUUUCUUUUUUAUUAAAAGCAUUAGCAGCCACUGAUAAUGAAAGCCAGGGCCCACCAGAAAUAGACCAGAGGAAGUUUCCUGACUCCCCAGCAUAGCAACAAUUCAUCAGCACUGAAGAUAUAUGAAGUGUGACUGCAGAGUAAUGCCAGUGAUGAGGCUUCUCCACACAACAGAACUCUUUACAUACAAAUGAGCACCAGUCCCUCAGGCCAGUCCUCAGAGAGCCUGUAUGCUUAUUGCAGUGCUGUGAUUGGUCUGGAAACACUUUUAGAUUUCCCCUCCAGGGGGAAAAUGUUCUUUUGAACAUCCUUAAUGGUGACAAAAGUUGUCCUUUGAGGGUGAAUUUGAUUUUUGGAAAUGGUACAAUGUAUUCAGAGUGAACAUCUGGUCUAUCCAGAAUCCUGUUCCCCGACUAGUAGUUGGAGAGACGGCAUUUCUUCUAUUAUUCACUCUGUCUCUGAAGUCUCUUGAGGAAAAACAGUUUCAAAAGUGUCCUGGGAAAUGGCCACAUUUUCCCUGUGUUCUAUCUGAACCCGUAUUUGCCUGAGGUGACUAUGGCUCCCAACCUGGUCCAAGUCAUGGAGGUGGCCCUCCCUGCUUUAUCACUAGUUCCAGGUGGGCAGACCUGAGACUUGGGUGACUGAGUCAACGGAAACGCCACUAUGGCCCUCAGUUCUGGAUUCACCACUGCCAGGAAGAGAGUGUCUCACUCUGCUACGAUGUAAGAAUGAAAUUGCUGGCCACCAUCUUGCUGCUCCAAGGGGAGAGAGCCUUACUAAAAACGGAGCCAACACAAAAGAAAGGAGAUUUGAGAAAUGAGUAGUGACACAAAUGAAUGUGCACACAUCUGUAUAGUGAGAGAGAUCAAGUACUGAUUUAUGCUCCUGGAUCCAGACGUACUUGGAGUAAACACUGUCCCAGGACUCGUUUGUGUCAAUAAACUCCCCCUUUUCAGCCAGUGGACCCCCCUUUUGGGUAGUAGGUUUGAUUUGGGUUUGCCUUGCUGCACUUGUGCAUGCUAAGUCGCUUCAUUUGUGUCCAACUCCUUGCGAC